UCGUUAUUUUCAUUGCAAAAACCAUAUAAAACCAUGUCCCAAGAAUAUGCAGAACCAAACCAAUAAUCAAUCAAAUGAAACGAAACCUAAACGAAUUAGUAUCAACAAUACUAAACAAAAUCAAUCACAUAAACCAUUUAAAACAACUUCAAUCACACUUAACCACACUUGGUCAUUCUCAAACCCAUUUCUAUGCUUUCAAACUCUUUCGUUUUUGUUCCAUCAAACUCUCAAAUCUUCACUAUGCUCAACAAAUCUUCAACCACAUUCAUUCCCCCAAUAUCUACCUCUUCACUGCCAUCAUCACUGCUUAUUCUUCUCAACAAAACAAUCAUUCACUCACUUUUUCUAUCUUUAAGAACAUGCUUAAUAGCCCAAUUCGUCCUAAUAAUUUUAUUUACCCCCAUGUGCUCAAAUCAUCAAAGGAACGGUUUUUAAUAGGUUCUGUUCAUGCCCAGAUUGUAAAAACUGGGUUUUUGGAAUACCCAGUUGUUCAAACGUCUCUUGUUGAUUCGUAUUCCAAGGUUUUGGGAGGGUUAAGGGAUGCACGAAAGGUGUUUGAUGAAAUGUCUGAGAGAAACGUUGUAUGUUUUACUGCUUUGGUUUCUGGGUAUUUGAGAGCUGGUGAUGUUGAAUGUGGGUUGAAGGUGUUUGAUGAAAUGGUUGAACGGGAUGUACCGGCUUGGAAUGCGGUUAUUAGUGGUUGUACUCAGAAUGGGUUUUUUUCUGAGGGGAUUAGGUUGUUUAGAGAAAUGGUAUUUGUUGCUGCUGCUGGUGAGGGCGGGUUUUGUAAGGGUAAUAAGCCGAAUCAGGUUACGGUUGUUUGUGUGCUUUCGGCUUGUGGUCAUGCUAGUAUGCUUCAGCUUGGGAAAUGGAUACAUGGUUAUGUUUAUAGACAUGGUUUAGUGGUUGAUUCGUUUGUCUCGAAUGCGCUUGUGGAUAUGUAUGGGAAGUGUGGGAAUUUGGAGUUGGCAAGGAAGGUUUUUGAGAUGGACCGAUGUAAGGGGUUGACUUUGUGGAAUUCAAUGAUUAAUUGUUACGCGUUGCAUGGGAAUUGUGAGGGUGCAAUUGCGAUUUUUGAGCAGAUGGUGGAGUGUGGUAGUGGUGUGAGGCCUGAUGAGGUUACUUUUAUUGGCUUGUUGAAUGCUUGUACUCAUGGUGGUUUGGUUAAACAAGGUUGUGGAUAUUUUGAUAUGAUGGUUAAGAAGUAUGGGAUAGUGCCUCAGAUUGAGCAUUACGGGUGUUUGAUUGACCUUCUUGGUCGGGCGGGUCGAUUUGAUGAGGCGAUGGAUGUUGUGAAGGGAAUGAGCAUGGAACCUGAUGAAGUGGUUUGGGGUUCUUUGCUUAAUGGAUGUAAGGUUCAUGGUCGUACCGAUUUGGCAGAAUUUGCAGCCAAAAAAUUAGUUGAAAUAGAUCCACAUAAUGGUGGUUAUGGUAUAAUGUUGGCUAAUAUAUAUGGUGAAUUAGGAAAGUGGGAUGAAGUGAGAAAUGUGUGGUGCAAAUUAAAGCAACAAAAGUCUUAUAAGAUUCCAGGAUGCAGCUGGAUUGAGGUCGAUGAUAAAGUUCAUCAAUUCUAUUCACUUGAUCAAUCUAAUCCAAAGACAGAAGAGUUGUACAGUGUUUUGGAAAGUCUGUUUGGUUACCGAAGUGAAGUCAUGAUUGAAAUGUAAACCUUAAUAACUUGAUCUAAUGAAUUUCUAAAUUCACCUCCAUAGAUUUGGAAGAGAUCUAAACAAAGGAAGAGGUAGAAUCAAUGUAGUUUGGAGGAUACAAUCCGAAAAUGGAUCACGAAAUGCAUUGCUGCGCUUGCUACUGAUCUCUGGCACAUACUAUCGCUGAACCGUCACAUGGCCAAGUAUUCUUAUGAAGGAACUUAAUUGUUUGAAGCAUGUUUUUAAAUUGUGGCUGCAGUUACGCUGCAAACCUUGAUAUUGCAGGAAAUGUGCUUCUGUUAUUGAAAUUGUAACUGCGAUGUUGUUGCGGAGACCUCAAAGUCCUUGUAAGAGGAUGUUUCAAGAAAAGAGAGCGGUCCUUGUAAUAAUUAAGUUAAAUCGGAUAUAAUUAUUUUUUGUUCGGCGACCUUCACAGAGAAAUGUAGUAGUAUUAGAGAGAAAAACAACACUAGUAUGAAGGAUUCCAACUAGAGCCAUUGUUUUUGAAUAUGUUUUAUUCUUUUUGGUUUGACCACUGAUUCAUUCUAUUCUUUUUGUCUUGGAAGAUAAAAAACAAUAAGGAUUGGUAAUUAUUGAAGAUUUUGUAAUUGGUCACUUAUCAUAUCAGUUUACUUUCUCAAAUUUUGUACCAUUUGUAUCAGUCUGCUUUCUCAAAUUGGUCACUUAUCAUAUCAGUUUGCUAAAUAUUCAAGGCUUAGAUGGUAUGAUUGUACCAUUUGUAUCAAUUUUAGAAGUGUACCGUUUGACUUUUUUUCUUUCGGAAGUACGUUUGACUUUUGCACCAAUUUUUGUUUGUAUUUAUUUAUUAGUAUGACUUUUUAUUUAUUUAAUUUUUUUUAGUAUGACUUAAUUUUAUUGUAGAAUGUAACAUUUGUACUACCAACAAUGAAGUGAUAAGAGUUUUAGUCC